GCCAUUGGACGUUUGAGAUAAUCCACAUGAUACUUCGUCAGAGCACGGACAUCGAGAAGACCAGGAUGUAUAAUGUGACCCCCGAGUUCAUCUCUUCUGAAGAGUUAAAAAAUGAUAUUCCCAAACUGCCUUCUCCCCGAGUUUUACAGUAUCACUUACCUUUUGACAGAUUUCCAUUGCAGGUUCUGGCAAUAAAACCCCGAGUGGUGUAUAUCGCACGGAACCCCAAAGACGUCAUGGUGUCGGCUUUCAGUUUCUUUACGGGACUCAAAGAUACGUACAAGUUCAAGGGGACAUGGGAGGAUAUGUUUGAGCUGUCUGUGUCGGGCCAGUUCCCCCCAGGCAGCUGGUUCAAGCACGUACUUGAUGCUGAGCAGUUCAUUCGUGAGCACCCGGACCUGCCCGUGCAGGUAGUGGUGUACGAAAAACUCAAGGAGAGCCCUGUAGAAGAAAUCACCAAAAUCUGUCAAUUCCUGGGAAAGCCUGAUGCAUUGGCAGAGAAAAUUGCUGAGGCUGUGGCUUUCAACAAGUUUAAGGCUAACAUGCAAAAAGAAAAGUUGGCUGAAAUCGAGUCUCUGCGAUUCGAGAAGGAUUCCAGUGGAGUCUUGAGAAAAGGUGUCGUUGGCGAUUGGAGAAAUUGGUUCUCGGAAGAGCAAAACAAGGAAUUUGACAAAGUGUACCUGGACAAGAUGAAAGAUUCUCCUAUCGGAAACCUUCUUAAAAAAUACAUGAUGUAGUCUGUUACUACAAAUAGCUGUUAUAAGAAAAUUAGCUUUUUUACAUCUGUUAUGUUUUCUUUUGAUUUUGUAAAGAUUUCACUUCAUGUAGAGCUCCAGCUUGUUAAGAAACAACAUCUUGCUAUUAGCUAUUACUUGAAAUUUGGACGAUUCCUUAAUCUAUUUAGAGCUAGCUCUUUGUUCGUUAGAUAGAGAUGUCAUUGUAUGUAUAGCUUCAACUUGAAAGUUACACACAUUAUUGCCAUAUGCCCUCAUUGUACACCACAACGUAAGUCACAUAUUUAAUAUUUUGAACC